ACAUUCCCAGUUUUUCAGCUGCGACGGCUGGUUGUCCUCACGAUUUGAGUAGAUCAGCUGCAGACCAAAGUCGGUAGUCGAGUUUCGAAUUUGAGUCGGUUUUUGUGUUUGGAAGCUCUGCGCGUAUUCGAUUUUUGUUUUGACUUGAGCUCGGCUGUAGUUUCGGUUUGCCAGAACAACGGAGCUGGAAAAGGGAUCCUGUGCGCGCCGCCAGCUGGCCCAAUCGAAGGAGAAUCGACAAAGAAACAGGGAGUUGGCGAAACGGAUACAAAACUGAAGUUGGAUCGGUAAUCGCCUGCCCGGUCAUAAACAACACAGGGGAGCACGGCCGCAUACGCAUACGCUCCUCUGUCUCCGUCUCUAAUGCCUUAUCAGUAGCAGGCAUCGUCGAGUGUCGUAGGAAGAGCCCGACAAAGGCCGACCUUUACCACUCAAUUUGGAUCUGAUGUGCCAUUCUCGCGCUGUCUCGUAAAUUAAUGUCAUAAAUUAACUUUAGAUUUCUUACGCUAACCGGUGGUCGUCAGCGGUCCGCAGCCGCCUUUGCGCUCGAGACACAGGGGCGGUCCCUAAUCAAUACAAAUAUCCUACCUGUCGCCGAGCAAGUGUUUUAGUGAGUGUGUGACCCUAUGUUCCUUAUAUUACCUUGGUGCUGAGGAGAAAGUUUAAAAAAGCGGCAUUUAAAUCGUAGUUUGUGCAAUAAGAAAAGGCAAGCCAAUGGUGUCAAUCUCCAAGACAACGCCGAAGUGAUGCAUGUCCGCAAGGUAAUAGAUCAAGUUGUGCGCACACCUAUUUCCGGCGAGUCUAGCCGGGCAUCGAAUCGUGACCAGUGUCAAGUGUCCCAUAGCACAUCUAGCCCGGGUCUAGAGGAUUACCCAGGACCAACGUAGCACCGCACCGCGUUUAAGGAGGCACAAGGCUCGCAGGACACAACGCAAAGCCCACACAACGACAAACAUAACACGACCGACGGACAUCAUCCUUGGAAAUAGACCUCGUGUCAUUCCAAAAGACGCACAUGGGCGUCUGCACCGAGGAGCGCCCUGUGAUGCAUUGGCAGAGCGCAAGAUUUCUUGGGCCCGGCGCAAGGGAGAAAAGUCCAACACCACCUGUAGCACAUCAAGGGAGCAAUCAAUGUGGCAGUGCUGCAGGUGCAAAUAACAAUCACCCAUUGUUCCGCGCGUGCUCCUCAUCCUCGUGUCCAGAUAUUUGUGAUCAUAGUACAAAGCCAUUUGGCAACGCUUACGGCACCGAGUCAUUUAGAAGCUACGAAACAGCCGAUCGUGCUACCUUUGAGGACUCUGCCGCCAAAUUCUCCAUCAGCCGCAGUCGAACAGACUGCACGGAGGUCAGCGACGAGACGACGUCGGGCAUAUCAUUCAAAACCGAACCCUUCGGACCGCCCAGCAGUCCCGAGUCCACAAGCGAUAGCAAAAUAACGCGCAACCUCGACGACUGCUCCGGCUGCGGACGUCAGAUACAGGAUCGCUUCUACCUCUCCGCUGUGGAAAAACGGUGGCAUGCAAGUUGCCUACAGUGCUACGCCUGUCGGCAGCCGCUGGAACGGGAAUCCUCAUGCUACUCACGUGACGGCAACAUUUAUUGCAAAAACGAUUAUUAUAGUUUUUUUGGUACUCGCCGAUGCUCGCGCUGCCUGGCCUCCAUCAGCUCCAACGAGCUGGUCAUGCGCGCCCGAAAUCUUGUUUUCCACGUCAACUGCUUUUGCUGCACUGUCUGCCACACGCCACUGACGAAGGGGGACCAGUACGGCAUCAUCGACGCCCUCAUAUACUGCAGGACCCACUACAGCAUAGCGAGGGAGGGGGAUACCGCCUCAUCCAGUAUGAGCGCCACCUACCCGUACAGCGCCCAGUUCGGCUCGCCUCACAACGACUCCUCGAGCCCGCACUCGGACCCUAGUCGGAGCAUUGUUCCUACGGGCAUCUUUGUGCCCGCGUCCCACGUAAUCAACGGACUGCCGCAGCCCGCCCGUCAAAAGGGCAGGCCCCGCAAGCGCAAGCCCAAGGACAUCGAGGCGUUCACCGCUAACAUAGAUCUCAACACUGAGUACGUGGACUUUGGCCGAGGCUCGCACCUAAGCUCCUCGUCGCGCACCAAGCGAAUGCGAACCUCGUUUAAGCAUCACCAGCUGCGUACCAUGAAGUCCUACUUUGCCAUUAAUCAUAACCCUGAUGCAAAGGAUCUGAAACAAUUGUCGCAGAAAACUGGUUUACCAAAGAGGGUCCUACAGGUCUGGUUUCAAAAUGCAAGGGCCAAAUGGCGCCGCAUGAUGAUGAAGCAGGAUGGCAGCGGCCUGCUGGAGAAGGGCGAAGGCGCUCUGGACCUCGACAGCAUCUCCGUGCACAGUCCUACGUCGUUCAUAUUGGGAGGACCGAACAGCACACCGCCACUGAACUUGGACUAACGGAUGCUCAGGAAACGCGAAAACAAAAUGAUAGUGACAAAGGAAAUGGGCGCAGCAGUCACCUCCGACAUCAUACGUUCUUAUGCCAGUUGUCUAUUCGCGUGCCUCAUACAUAGUCCCGGACCCAGUUUGAGUACUGAAUCCGGAUAUUUGUCUAGAUCAAGCACGGCCAACUCUUGAAUGCUAUGGCCUUGUCGGAUGGGAAUCAAUUUGGAUAGCACGUCUUGUGUUCAAAGUCGAAAAUUGAUCAUCCACACGUUAAACGCCUCGGAAAGGCUUGACUAGCAAAUGGCUGGCAGUUAAAAAGCACACAAAAUAUGUAUUUUUGUAAUUGCCUCUUGACCGUUUCCAACACUACUCGCCUCGUCCUUGCCCCACUUGUUGUUUCUAUAGUUUUAAAGUUCACUGUAAAUAUGUACUGUAAUCACAUAGUUUAUUUCAAACGAUCCAUAUUAGCCUGGCUCCCCUGGUUUUUGUAUUCUUUUAAAGCGCAGAAUAUCAAUUCGAACAUUGAAAUUAUGAAUCAAAAGAAGGUGGAUUCUUUCAACAAGUCACCAACUUGUAACGUUCUUUCUAAAGCUGUCAUAAUAAUUAAGAAAACACAACUUAGUUAAAUUUCAAUUUGAAUGGAAAAUUGUUCUGAAAUAGCUGAAAUAGCUUUAUCAUUUUGCUAGUUAUGUUACUAAAUCAGUCAAAAUUCUUAAACAUCAAACAUGCAGAAUUUACGAAUUAAAGUGUGACUAAAAACUUUUAAAUACCAAACAGCGAAACGUGUGAUAUUUUAAAUUUUUUGCUUUCUUUCAGUGACACGACUACAAGAUACCCGUUACAUUGUAAAAUACUCUUUAGUGUCACUUUCUUUCGGUAUACACAUAUGUAGGUGAGGAAAUGUUUGAGGUCAAUUUUGCGGCGCACAAGCGGCACAAAAAUGAAAUUAAAUUCUUUAGCUUCUAUCGUGGACGAAAACGAUCCGAUUGUUCCUAUGAGAACUAUAGGUGUUACCAUAUAUGCAUGCAUUCAUUACUUCGGCAUUACUUCAGCUCCAUCUCUUUUUGAUUCAUGAAAGUAUAAUGGUUUGAGAGUAAACUUUUUAUGGCGUAUAUAGUUCAAGUUUACAUAUCUAGAGUACGGUGCCCAAGACGCGCUUUAAAAAUAUUGAAAACGGGUUGUUAAUGAAGUCCCAUAUGUAUAAUUGUCUAGGUACAUGGAUAUUGUUAAUAUAUUAUUAUUUUUAUUUAGAGAGCUCUCAACAAUAUGUAUGAAGAAAUGUGCGUAUAUCAACUUAUAAUGAAAUGCUGAUGCAUUCGUAUUAUAUAUAUGUAACUAAUAUUUAUUGCCCAAAUUUAAUAGUUAGAGACGAAUUUAGUUUAGAACAGACUAUACAAUAAAGUCCAUAUGUACAUGUAGUAUUACGGUAAAGUAAUAGCUUCGCUCAAGCAUACGACCAGGUUCGUAAGCUAUUAAUACGAAACUGUAAUUAUACUCAAAUCAGUAAGCACUGGAAGAUUUGUACUUACAAAUAGUUAACUCAUAAGUCUUACCAUAGAAGCUUAAAUAAAUCGUAUUCAAGCAAAAAAAUUGUUUCAAUAUGGGGCAAAUGACACACAAGAAUGGUCACGCGCAUUUAAAAGAAA